AUGCUCGCAGUCUUAUGGCUUCUGGGCCUGCUACUGUCCCUCAUCCUCUACACAGUCUACCACAUCUCGAUAGCUCACAGUCGACCCUCUGGAGCUGAAUUACCACCUGGCCCCCGAGGACUGCCACUGAUUGGCAAUCUGUUACAGAUCCCUCCGAAGCACUCAUGGCUCAAGUUCUACGAGUGGUCGCAACAGUAUGGCCCUCUUUACCGCUUAAGCGUGAUGGGCCGAAACCAGGUCAUCGUUUCAACCGAGAAGGUUGCGAAUGGGCUGCUUCGGGAGCGAGGUAAUAUUUACUCAUCCCGGGAGCAGCUGCCCAUGGCCGCAAAGCUCAUGUCCCGAGAUCUAAGGCCUUUACUUCUGCCAUACGGAGAGCGUUGGCGUAGAGGAAGGAAGCUAAUGCACGCCAUGACCAUGCCCUCAGCCGCCACUUCAUACCAGCCUUUACAGACGUCCGAGUCGGAGCAUCUGCUGGUGGACCUACUUCGGCAGCCAGACCAGUACGAAUUUCUGCUGGAGCGCUAUGCAGGUGCGGUCAUCAUGCGCUUGGCGUAUGACAAGAGUUAUGAGGGCAACGAAGACGAUGUGAGAAAGGCGCUGCAGGUGGUGCACACCGUCGAGCGCGUUGCGUCGCCAGGAGCUUAUCUGGUUGAUACAUUCCCAUUCCUGAUGUACCUCCCCGACUUCCUCGCUCCCUUCAAGCGGGAGGCAAAAGCCCUGCACCAGUUCGAACUGACGUUCUUUCGCUCAAUGCUUGCCGACGUCCGCGAAAGGCUAUCUGUGAACGCAUGCGGACCUUGUUUCGCACGGAGCUUCCUCGAAAGGCAGGAUUCCUGGAGCCUCUCCAUGGACGAGGGGGCGUACGUGCUCGGAACGCUCUUCGAAGCCGGCAGCGGCACCACCGCAGCGGCUAUGAUGUCCUUCAUUCUGGCUAUGCUGCACCAUCCAGCAUGGCAGACAGCCAUCCAGUGCGAAGUCGACGACAUUUGCGGAGCUGAUGGACGCCUGCCCAACUUCGCGGAUGUCCCACAGCUGCCCACCGUGCGCGCCGUGAUAAAGGAGGUCCUGCGCUGGCGACCUGUCACUGCCGGCGGUGUGCCCCAUGAGCUCGAGCGCGACGACGUCUACGACGGCGUCUUCCUACCCAAGGGUACGAAUGUUCACGCCAACCAAUGGGCAAUCCAUCGUGAUCCAGCCCUAUAUCCGGACCCGGACACCUUCAACCCAGCACGCUGGCUCGACGAAAAGUACCCGACGUACAGGACCCCGCUUGACCGAUACCCCAAUCUGCAGAACUCUUCGGCUUUCGGCUUCGGCCGGCGUAUAUGUCCUGGUAUGAACAUCGCGGAGAAUUCAUUACACCUUUUGACUGCGCGGUUAGCGUGGGCGGUGGAUGUGCGGAAGAAGCCAGGCGUGGAUGUGCCCUGGUACAACUACACAGAAGGGUUCAACGUCCAGCCUAAGCCCUUCCAAUUCGAGCUGAUUGCGCGAAGCGCGGACAAGCGGCGCAUCGUAGAGCAAACAUGGCAGCAAAGCUUGGCGAGAGGACCUGGUCGAUAG